AUGGCGGUUGCGGACGGCGAGGUGAGCGCCGCCGCGUGGUGCUUGGCCCACGCCGAGUCCGAUUCGGCACCCUUCGGCGAGGCGCGCCUCGCGGCAGAACGCGAGCGGCACGCCAUUAGUCAAGGGACGCACGACCGGCUGCUGGCGCGCGCUCAGAUCCAAAAGCUGGAGGGCGAGAUGGCGCGCGCAAAGGCUGCGAUGGAGUUUGAGCGGUGCAUCGACAUUCGCAAGCGGCUCAGCGAGCUGCGUGAGCGCAGUGGCGUCGAGGGUAGCUGA